AUGAAGCUCUCACUCAAGGUCCAAGACACCCACUGCUCUCCGCCGCCGCCGCAACCACCGCCGUCGCAGCUAUUGAGCAACCACCAAAAACAGCCGGAGACGCGGCCGCUUCUCCUCCGAGCUAAAAUCCCGAUCACCAUCUUCAACCUCCCGUUUCUCUCCGGCUUCUCCACCACUACACACCACCCCUCCGACCUCUCCCUCUCCCUCGCCACCAAUUUCUCCUCCGGUCCCACUCUUAAGCUCGCCUACACCGCCACAUCUUCUUCCUCAUCGACCUCCGCCCCCGCCGCGCCUCCGCUAACGCUCACUCUCAAAUCAGGGAUUGGCGUCUACGGCUCGCCCAAGAACUCCCCUCUUAUCAUUUCCGCCAAUUUCUCUUUCUCCCCUCAUAGCCCCCACUCUAAUCCCACUUUCUCUUUGCUCCUCAAACCCCAGCUCGGCUCCUUCUCUCUUAAAAAGGCCACUUCUUCAAACCCUAACCCUAAUCCCAAACAGAACGCGGAGGCAAAUUCGUUUGGGUUUGUUCCCUUGGAGAGGCCUAUGAGCUUGAAGGACUUUUCCUUUGAGGAUUAUGGAAAAGACUCGAUAUUUAGGGGGAUUUCGGUGAUGGCCAGCACUGAAAUGCCAGUAACGAAGAGGGUUUUGAUGAAUUGCCGAUGGGGCGUGAAUUUUCCGGAGGAUUUGGGGAAACGAAUGCCGCAUCUGAGUCUGAAUAAGAUUGGGAUUGAGAGGGUUGAUGAGGUUAAGGAGGUGAAGGAGAAGAAGAGUGAGAGCAGUGGGGGUGAGGUGGAGUUGUUGAAAGGAAUGUGUUUUUGGAUGAAGAGGGAAUUGGAUACACUGCAGAGAGAGAACAGAGAGAUGAAGGUUAAGUUGGAAGAAAUGAAAAUGGGUCAUGGAGAGAGUGUUGGGAAGAAAGUGGUUCCUCCAAUUGUUGAGAGUUCAAGUGGUUUUGAGCAAUGGAGGAACAAGAAGAAUCCCGGCCCCGGGGGAGACAUUGGGAAGAAAGAGGCCAAGAAGAAUGUGUCCAAUGGAAACCGGGCUGAUGUCGAGAGUGAAUUGCAGAAAGCCAUUCAAGCAGCUGCUUCUUCUUCCCUCUGA